AUGUCCGGCAAAGGCGCAAGAAAAGGGUCAGCCGCACUUGCGGCAGCGCGCGCGGCGGCUGGCGUUGCCAAGGCGGCGAUUGCCAGAGGUGGAGACUCUGCUCGGUCGGACUGCCUCAUCGAAAUCGCAGAUGCCGAACAGGUGCUGCCUGGGGCAAACGACUGCGCCUGGGCUUCCAAAGUGAAGGUCGCUAUCCAACCAAUCAUGCGACGAUUCGGGCCGGUGCUAGAUGUCCGUGUUCCAACAGGUGAAAACAGACCUAUCGUCAGCAUACGAUUCGCAAAUCCCAAAGCGGCGGAGGCUGUCAUGGUUGCCGCGUCGCAGGGUUUCUUGGCCGUGGGAGAGUCCGAAGUCCGGGUGUGCCAGCCUUUGUCGCAAGAGGCAGUCUGGCGCAGCUUCCCACCAGCUCGACAGCGACCAAAUCCUACAGGCGAGUCCAAGAAGAAAAAGCUUCGUCCAAACGAGCGCUUCGCUCCACCGCGCCUGCCUCGGGUUGAAGUCGACGAAGCCGAUGAAGCAACAAAAAAGGAGCCUCCAAAGGUUGAGGCUGCCGAGGACCCACAGCCUCCCCCGAUCCAACCUCCUGUGCAAUUACCACCAGAACCGCCCAGGCCCAGUCCGUCCACACCCAGUGCCGAUGCUUCGCAGGAGGACAGAGAAGUUGCAGCUGGUGAGGCGGAGGUAGCCAAGGCCAUGGCAGCGCUCUUGGAGCAGCCAUUCUCCAAACAAAAGAAGGUACUCAAGUCCAUUCGGCUGCAGUGGCAUCCGGACAAGAACCCUGACCAGUCCUCCAUCGCCACACGAGUUUUUCAAUUUGUGCAGGCGCAUGACCACUGGCUGGCUCAUCACGGACAAUCAGCCCCACUUGUGACGCAGCCUGGCUGUUUAAUAACUUGGCAGACCGCUGCCUCAUUGCCCGUCAUGUCGACUACGGAGGCGAAUGCCAAUGCACCUGCAGAAGCCGACAGCCCGCCGAUUGUUCUCGAGCUGAAAAGGCUAGAUGACGAGAUGCUGGCAGUUCAGAAGGAGUACGAGAAGGAAGUGCAAAAGCUUAAGCGGCAGUUCCAGGCACAGCAGGCACCGUUCAUCGAAGCCCGGGACAAGGUGCUUUCCGAGAAGGAGGGAAGCGAGGACCCAGUCACUGGAACGCCAGCACUGAAAGGAUUCUGGGUCCAGGCCCUGCUGAAUCAUCCGGCGUUCGAAGACGAGGUCGAGUCUUACGACAUACCUGUGCUUGAGUUCCUCAGGACGAUCGAAGCGGAGGAUCUGGACAAGGAGGAUGCAGAAAAGGGUUUCCGGCUGAUUUUCCAUUUCGCCGAGAAUCCGUACUUCACAGACAGUUCACUAUCGCAAGAGUACCACAUGCACGAGCCAAAUCGCUACAACGGAGAGGUCAAGGUCAAGCAGCUGAAAGGCUCUAGCCCAAACUGGAAGGCAGGCCAGGAUGUCACGAUGGGCAAGCCUGCAAAAGGAGGCAAAAAGAAGAAAUCCCACAAAGAGAAGCUGCUGGAACCUCGCAAAUCUUUCUUCCGCGAUUUCUUCCGGAGUCUGCAGGAGGAAGACGAGCUGCCUGAGGACGUUGACACCCAGCAGCUUUGCAUGCAGAUGGGCGACGAUGAGAUGGAGCAGGAGGAGAUGGUAGAGGCUCUACUCGAAAAUGCCUAUGACUGUGGCAUGGCGCUUCGUACUCAGAUCAUUCCUUUUGCCGUUCGCUGGUAUACCGGCGAAGCCGCACCAGAUGAUGAGUACGAUGAUGAGGAAGAGGAGGAAGAGGAGGAAGACGAGGACGUGGAGCUAGAGGAGGAGGAAGCAGGCAAAAAAGGACCGAAGAAGAAGGCAGAGGAGUGCAAGCAGCAGUGA